ACGACCUGCACCCAACGAGGGUCGCCACGGAAGUAUCUGACGUGCGUUUAGCGAACUCCGAACUGCGAGCUGCGAUCCAACGCGAGUGUGCCCACGAAAUGUUGCUCGGUGUGUUGUCGCAGUCCUUGCCGUUGUCGUUGGUCCUGUCGCUGUCAUUUGCCGGAUUUUGCCAGCCCUCGCCAAAGUUGUGAGCGAGUGAAAGUUUUAGUGCGAUUCUCGGCCGGCAGCUUCGGUCACCAUAUUUGCAUUGCUGUCCAAAUCGCAUCUGCACUUGCGUGUUUAAUUUGAAAAGAAAAGCCAGCCAAAGGAUUUCCAGAGCCAUGGCCGCGCCUCACUGGCCGCCACGCCCACGCCCACGGACCCGGGGACGGGAACGGGAACGGAUUCUGGCCACCAUGAUGAUAGUCAUUGCCGCGGUUACCAUGCUGAUGGCAGCCACGCCCACGCUGGCCGAGAUCCCCUCAAAGGGCAAACACACGCGCCUGGACACGCAGCAGACGGCCCAGGAAGAUUCCGACUUUCCACGCUUCGCGGAACCGAUUGCCAAUGUCACCGUCUCCGUUGGACGCGAUGCCCUCCUGGCCUGCGUGGUGGAGAACCUCAAGGGUUACAAGGUGGCCUGGGUGCGGGUGGACACGCAGACGAUCCUGUCCAUUCACCACAAUGUCAUCUCGCAGAACAAUCGCAUUAGCCUGACCUACAACGACCAUCGAUCGUGGUACCUGCACAUCAAGGAGGUGGAGGAGACGGAUCGUGGGUGGUACAUGUGCCAAGUUAAUACGGAUCCAAUGCGCUCCAGGAAGGGCUACUUGCAGGUGGUGGUUCCCCCGAUGAUUGUCGAGGGCAUGACCAGCAAUGACAUGGUGGUGCGCGAGGGUCAGAACGUCUCACUGAUGUGCAAGGCACGUGGCUAUCCGGAACCCUACGUCAUGUGGCGCCGCGAGGACGGCGAGGAGAUGCUAAUUGGCGGGGAGCAUGUGAACGUGGUCGACGGCGAGCUGCUGCACAUCACCAAAGUGAGUCGCCUGCACAUGGCCGCGUAUCUGUGCGUGGCUUCCAACGGAGUCCCGCCAUCGAUUAGCAAGAGGGUCCAUCUGCGUGUGCAAUUUCCCCCGAUGCUCUCGAUACCCAAUCAACUGGAGGGAGCCUAUGUGGGUCAGGACGUGAUCUUGGAGUGCCACACGGAGGCCUAUCCAGCAUCGAUCAACUACUGGACCACGGAGCGCGGCGACAUGAUCAUAUCGGACACCUCGCGGGCCGGCGAUAAAUACGAGACCACAUCAACGGUCAGCGGUUACACAAAGUACAUGAAGUUGAAAAUCCGAGCUGUGGGUCCCAACGAUUUCGGCACAUAUCGCUGUGUGGCCAAGAACUCCCUGGGAGAGACGGAUGGCAACAUAAAACUGGAUGAGAUGCCAACGCCAACCACAGCCAUCAUUUCGGAGAUGGCCCUGCUGAAUCGCAGUUAUGAUGCCAAGAGACGUCAUAGAAAUAAAUUUGAGGCGGGCAACACUCUGCCUGAUUAUGGGGUUGAGGAGUGGCGUGACGGUGCCCAAGGCAACCAUGCUGGGAACAAUGGCGAUAACAAUCAAACGCCCGUGCGUAAUCCGCCCGGAGCAUUUCACAAUUCUGCAGGCUCACUGGCGCAGCAUAAUCUACUUGCUAAAAUAAUGCGCGGCAUUAAAACGCAAUCAUUUGGGAUUUUCAAACGUUUAUCGAGCGCUCUGCCAACACUGCCAGCUCUGCCGGCGGCACAGGACUCGCUCUGGCUGUCGACGUUAUCGCCGCCAUCGCCGCCGAGUCGGUGGCGUAUGAGUAAUACGGAGGGCCAGCCGCCCAAUUCACCGGAGACCGUUGUCAACAGCGAUAGCACCGCCCCGGCUGGAUGCUGGGAGAGCAGAAGUUAUGGCGGCGGCAACAAUAUCACCGCCACCAGGCCGCCAUUGUGGGCGCGGGCAUCGCGCAUAUUUCACAUUGCUCAUACGCCGUGUGGCGCGUCAACGCAGCAUUCGCAAUGCCAACGCCUAUGCGAACGCCACUGGCAAUGGUUGUGGCAGUGGCAGUGGCAGGGGCAGUGGCAGUGGCAAUGGCCAAUGCUCAUUUGCAUAGUAAUAUUGGCUGGAUGUUUUGUUCGGCUGCUGCCAAUGCCGCUGCAUUUUAUCGGCCGCCACAUCGCCCCAUUUUCUAUUAGCACGACGCACAGGCAUCAUUUAAUGUGCACAUUUUGGGCCACUCGUGGUAAUAAGGUUGUCGCAAAAUACACCGCAAUGAACAGAGCCCUGCCAAACACACUCACCGUGCCCCGCUUUCGAAAGUUUUCAAGAUGAAAUCAAAUAAUUGCAAAGGCAACAAGAAACUCAUUUGGGGCACAAGAGCAGCGUGGAAAAUAAAAAAUCAAACCAUGGCCAGACGAAGCAGGAGCAGGAGCAGGAGCAGACCAAGGACUUGUACGAAGGCACAGAAAAAUCAGUCUGGACAACUGCAGCAGCGAGGUAUACAUACAAACACAGACGGAUACAUAGUAUUAGGGUUAGAUAUGUUUAUAUUAGAGCGUAAAAUGAAAAUCGUGCUAAAAAAGAGAGUGUCAGCGGAGAGCGUAUAAAGGCGAAUCGAUCUGGGUAAGAAAUAAUUUGGAAGGCGAACAACACUUGUAGCUAACAAUAUCAAAAUAAAUAA